UAUUUUUGAUUCAUAGGUGUACAUGAAAUAUAUCCCAUGGUGACUCUUCCUGGUUUUCCAUCUGUCUCCUACCCCAAACGGUACUUUAAGGUUUAGAGCAAUGGCGCCCGAAAGCCACAUGUCCGAGCCCAUCUGCCUGAUCGAGAACAGGGACAGGAAGCUCUUCGUCUGUGACAAGGCCCUUCGCCUGCUCUCCGAAAUUCGCCAGCCGGUGGUGGUGGUUGCCAUUGUGGGACUCUACCGAACGGGCAAGUCCUACCUCAUGAACAAACUAGCUGGCAGAAACUCAGGUUUCCCCCUGGGUUCUACGGUGCAGUCGAAGACCAAGGGAAUUUGGAUGUGGUGCAUCCCUUACCCUGGCAGGCCUGGUCAAACCCUUGUGCUUCUGGAUACAGAGGGACUAGGCGAUGUGGAAAAGGGCGACACUCAAAACGACACCUGGAUUUUCGCUUUGGCUGUGCUCCUGAGCAGCACCCUGGUCUACAACAGUUUUGGUGCCAUUGACCAGCAAGCUAUGGAUCAGCUUCACUAUGUGACAGAGCUCACUGAGCGCAUCAAAGCCAAAUCGUCCCCCGGGGGCGGCAGUGAGGGACUGGAAGACUCUGCUGAGUUUGUCCGCUUCUUCCCAAGUUUCGUCUGGGCCUUGCGGGAUUUCACCUUGCAGCUGGAGCUGAAUGGGCGCCCCAUCACUGAAGACGAGUAUCUGGAACAUUCCUUGAGAUUAAAGAAAGGCGAUGCCUCUGGUGUUCAGCUGUACAACCUGCCUCGCAAAUGCAUCCGGAUGUUCUUCCCCACUCGCAAGUGUUUCAUUUUUGACCGACCCACUACUAGGAAGAACCUGCCCCAUCUGGAGUCGAUGCAGGAGAGCCAGCUGGAGCCCGACUUUGUGGAACAAGCCGGCCAGUUCUGCCGUUACAUCUAUAGUACAUCCAAGGAAAAGACCAUCCCGGGAGGACACCUUGUCAAUGGCCGCUUGCUGGCGAACCUAGUGACAACCUAUGUGGACACCAUUCGCAGUGGGCAAGUGCCUUGCAUGGAGAGCGCAGUGCUGGCCUUGGCUGAGAUUGAGAACUCGGCUGCUAUCCAUGAUGCUACUGUGCGCUACGGGGAGCUGAUGGAUCAAAAGCUGAAGCUUCCUACGGAGACGGUCCAGGAGCUGCUGGGGAUCCAUGCCGAGUGUGAGAAGGAGGCCCUGCAGGUGUUCCUGGCUCGUGCCUUCAAGGAUGACCAGCAACGGUUCCAGGUGGAACUCAUGAAAACCAUGGACCAGAUGAAGGAGGGCUUCUGCCAAAAGAAUGAGCAGGAAUCUUCAAAACUCUGUUGGGCUGUGUUGAUGUCCUUGUCUGGGGAGCUGGAGGAAAACAUCAAACAAGGGGUUUACUCCUGUCCUGGCGGUCACAAGCUGUUUUCGGAUGACCUGAAGGAAAUGGAACAGAGAUACCACCAAGAACAGAAAAAAGGAGUGAUGGCAGAGACAGUCCUACAGCAGUUCCUCAAGGAGAAGGAGAAUGUCAGCAGAGCCAUACUGCUAAGUGAUCAAGCUCUGUCAGAGAAAGAGAAGGAAAUGGCAGAGGCGAAGGCAAAGGCUGAAGCUGCGCAGAGAGAGCAGGAGAUCCAGAAGCAGAAGCAAGCUGAGCUGGAACAGAAGAUGGAGGAUCAGAAACGGAGCUACGAGCUGAACAUCCGUCAGCUGGAGGAGAAGAUGGUGAAAGAAAGGGACAAUCUAUUGAAAGAGCAGAAUAUGAUGAUGGAGAGUAAACUCAGGGAGCAAGAGGCUUUGCUGAAGGACGGAUUCCAGAAAGAAGCAAAUCGACUAAAUGGGGAGAUUAAUCAGCUGAGACAACAGACUGAAAAUAUCAAGAAGCCAUCUUGGUUUGCCGGGGUGUUGGGUGGUCUGGUAGAUGUUGCCACAUGUUUUUUUCCUGGUAUUGUCUCCAGACUUGCUGGAUCGCUGGCUUCUAACUUUAUAAAGCGCUUGUGAUCAAGCAGGAAAAGGCCUAUAGAUCAGUUACAGUUGUCGUGCGACACUGGUGGUGAAGGCAUCCUCUUCUAUUUCUCCCCGUGUCAGUUUCAGUCUCAGUUUAUUGAUUAACUUUUCUAGUAAGGCUGUUUCCCAUACUACUUGAUACCAGUGUUCCAUGUUUAUUCCUGACAGGUCCCUCCAGUGUCUGCCUAUGAUGUUUCUGGCUGCUGAGAGUAGGUGGGCUAUGAGCUCUUUAUAGUGUGAGUGGGCAUUGCUAUCUUGGAAGAUGUUUAGUAGGGCCAGUUCUGGGGUGACUUCUAGUACCUGUUUAGUUAUUUUGUUUCUUUCUUUUAUGACUGUUGUCCAGAAGAAUUGGGUUUGAGGGCAUUCCCACCACAUGUGGAGGUAUGUGGGUAUGUGCCUGUGGAGGUCAAGCCUCUCCAGCAUUUUGGUGAAGUUCCUGGGCAUAUCAGCACCAGUUUCUGUGGUGUUAGGUACGAUCUGUAUAUUGUGGAUACCAUCCCCUUGUCAUGUCCUGUUGUUGUUAGGAGAAGGUUUUCGAAGGUGGUCAAGGGCCUAGUAGCUGUUGAUUUUACUACUGGAUUGUUUAAGAAGGCAUGUAGUUGGUGGUGUGUUAGCCAGGGCAUUUGGGUGUCCCCUAGUUUAGCUUCUGUUGUUCCCUGACACACCCACAUAUUACUAUAUUUGCCAGGAUUUCCCCACCCUCCCCAUUGGAACUGACACUUCCUUUUUCUUCUUCCCUGACAUUUGUAUUAUUAAGUUAAUAAGCAAAAAGGAAGCUGUAAAAAAAUUCCACUUGCGAGUGGGAGGCAAGAAUACCUUCCAAGAUUGUAUUGAAGAUGCAGAUUGUGUACAGAUUUUCUUGAACACCUUAUAAUAGUGCUGUGUUUGUCAAAGGCAACCUCUUUAAAGACGAAGCCAGUUAGGUACUUGCAUGCCUGUUGCCUACGAAGAACUUUUUGCCAUACAGUGCCUCAGGUCACACCAAAGCCACUAUGAUGAAGAAAGCUGCUGUGUUGAUGUAGCCUGAGUGCCAUAUUGCAGUAUUAGUAGAGUGAUGCUUACCACAGACUUGACCUGAUAAUGUGGUUGGGUGCAGAUUGUAAGCGAAUGGAAGCUUACAAAUUUGACCGUCACAUUUGAGGGUAGGUUUAAUUGCUGGAUUUGAAAUAUGCCUGUUUGCUUUGAUCUUGUACUUUUAUUUUGAUCUUGUUUUUUAUGUGAAUAAAUGUCUGGCAAAAGAAUAAAAUAAUUCUGGAGUUCA